AGGGCGCCUCGCUGCGCGCCGCCGCUGGGCCGGCCGAAGUGUGCGAGGAUGCCGUGCCCGGCGACCGCUGCCACGCGAUCGUGCAGUGGGCCCUCGACAAGGCCUGGCUUCCCGAGGAGCACCCAGACUGGUUCCCGAGGUUCGACAGCUCGUUCCCAGAGGAGCUGAAGUUCAAGCACCUCCAGCAGAUUCUGCACAGUCGCAGCAAGGGCGGGUGCGGCAAGCCCUGCUUCCUCGAGGCCGACGACGAGAAAGAGCCCGACGCCGGCGCGGAGACGGAGAAAGUAGAGACGACGGCGCGCCCGACGUUGGAGCCCAUGACCAACCACAAGGUGGAGGACAUGUCGCUGGAUACGCUCUCCUCGUACCUGAACGACAAGGACAUGGACGAGCUCGACAAGUACGCGAGCCACCUCCAGGACGCGGCGGUCGGGGAGGCCCAGGACGCGGCGGUGCAGAUGGCGAAGCGGCGGAGGGCAAGGAGCCCAGAGCUUCGACAGUCGUGGCGUCUCGAGCUCCCCCGCCGCCUCCCUCGGCUUCGGGCUCCAGGGGCCCGCUUCGGGCCCGGCGGCGGCAACCACCGCGGCCCCUCUGCAGAGCAUGCUGCAGGCAACCGCGCGGUGGUGACGGCCUGCCAAAGCCCGUCUUCCGGAGCCGCGCGUCGCGCUGGACGGUGCGCGCCGAAGAGAAGCAGCGUUCUGGAGCGCUCUCAGGGCGUUCCGGGGCGCUCUGGGAAAGGCCGCGGCUCGGGAUGGAUCCUCCAGGACAGCCAGAUCUCAGAGAUCCCCGACACUGUCUUCGUCCGAAACAUCGGCCGCGGCCCGACGAAUUCAGAAGCCGCCUGCCUCCAGUGGCCCACGCCGCCCUGGCGCUAGCGCAACUGCACCCCAAUGGAGCGCACCCGUCGGGCAGGGAGCGGGG